GAAAUGAAAUAGGAUCAAGAUGAAAUCUUAUUUUUAAGGUAUUUAUAUGAGGUUCCUUGUAUGAAGGAUAGUUUUAAGUUAUGGAAAUUUAUAGUUGUGGUCCCCGUACUCUAAGAAAUAGAGCACAUUAGUCCCCCUGCUGCCAACUAACCUGCGCUGGUCAAACGUUAACCCUCCCACUCCCAAAACCCCGCAGGGCCGCAAACGGCCAAAACCCGAUUUGUCAAUCUCUUCGAUAUUGUCCACAAUCGACCUGUGUAUUAUUGAAGGAGAGAAAUUGAUGGCUUAUAGACGUAGUAUCACAGCUCGAGCGAAGCUGUUAUAUGAACAGCGGCAACGAAUUACUCCUUCAUCCUCUUAUAUUCAUCGUGAUGAUGACGAGCGUAAUACCCUGAGCGAUGCCCCCAUUACAGGGAAUCGAAAUAUCGGUGAUCAUUUCCAAGGCCGAUUUUUCGGGACCGGAAAUGAUUUCAGCACCUUCAAUACGUCGAGAAACUUGUUCCAUGACCGGAGAUUUGCUCUUCCAGUGGCUUGUGGGCCGAUUUUGGGGAGAUGUAUGUCGAGCGUGAGUGUUGGUGAAGGGAGAGUGGAUAAGAUUGAGAUUAUGAGUGAUGUAGCGGAAGUGUUCGUGGAUAAUACUGCUGAGGUUGCUGUGCAGGCGGGGCCAAUGGUGAAUGAGGUGGCACUUGCAGCUGCAGACUCGUAUUUCCCAGUGGCGGCGCUCCAGUACUUGACUGAUUAUAUUCAUAGUAUCAGUGGGUUUAAUUGGUGGGCAUCAAUCGUUCUGACAACUCUUUUGAUUCGAAGUGUUACUCUUCCUCUUAUGAUAAAUCAGCUGAAAGCCACUUCAAAAUUUACUCUAUUGAGGCCACAAUUGGAGGAGAUCAAAGAAGAUAUGCAAAAUAGGGGCAUGAGUCCCUCUGCUGUUGCUGAAGGUCAGGCACAGAUGCAGGCACUAUUCAAGGAAUAUGGUGUUACGCCAUUUACUCCGAUGAAAGGACUUUUCAUUCAAGGUCCCAUCUUUGUCAGUUUUUUCCUUGCUAUUACAAACAUGGUGGAAAAGGUUCCUUCUUUUAAACAGGGUGGAGCAUUUUGGUUUACCGAUUUGACAACUCCUGAUAGCAUGUAUAUCUUUCCGGUUUUCACAGCAUUGACAUUUUGGAUAACAGUUGAGUGCAACGCUCAAGAAGGUCUGGAAGGAAAUCCUGCUGCUAACACCAUCAAAAAUGUUUCAAGGGUCUUUGCUGCCUUGACAAUUCCUUUUACUGCAGGAUUUUCUAAGGGUAUAUUCUGUUAUUGGAUUACCUCCAACUUGUUCUCGCUCACAUAUGGAUUGGUUAUUAGAAUACCCGAGGUGAAGAAGUUCUUGGGCAUACCUCUAAUACCCUUGACACCACCUUCUUCAAUGGAUCAAAAACCUGCCUUCUCAUUUUUCGAAGCACUCAAAAAAUAUGCAGCAGCCCAACAACAGCAGUCUCUACCGUCAUCACCUGGUGAAGCAUCAAAACCUACAACUCUGAGAAUCCCUUCUUCAGCUGUUCUUAAUCAAAGGCUUAAAUCCUUGGAAAAAGAAGUCAAAGGAAGGAAAAAAGGGAAGAAAAGGUGAUAAUAUGAAUUACCCUUCUCCAUUGUGCCGAUAGACAUAAAUCCAAUUUUUUCGAAUAACAUAUAUUUUAUACGAGUAUGAAGCGAUGGUUUAAUGGGAGUUUUGAGUUAUAGGCAUCUAGAAAUUUUUGGUUAAGAACUUUUAAGCAAAAUAUUUAUAGUGCCUUAGGCAACACCUGAAGGCUAUGACCUAUAUCAAGGGUACUUUGUUUAUGAUAAUUUUUGUGUAGGCAGUGUUACGCUAACUUCAGAGCUUCUGUAAUUAUAGUUGUUUGUUGCAUCAGUAACUUCAAUACCAUGAAUAUUUGAGUAUUUGACUGUAGAAAUAACACUUUUGAGGUCUGGUGAUUAAUGUUCA